AACCUCCAGGACUCCCCAGUCAAGGCACGCACGUGUCCUCUCUUCUCCGUUCUCCCUUUACGCAAACUCCCCCAAACCCCAUACAUAACAAAUCAAACAACCCAGGCCCCGAGACUCACAAACCCUCUCUCCAAAGGAAGAACGGGGCAAAAAAUGUACCCAGCAAAAGUCCUCCUCCUCCUCGGCUUCUGGUCCUCCGCCGCCGCCGCGGUAACCCUACCCCUCUUGUCCUCCGCCGCGCCAACCGCCUACGAGAUCCUCCAAUCCUACAACUUCCCCAUCGGCCUCCUCCCCAAGGGCGCCACCUCCUACUCCCUCGACCCCACCACCGGCAACUUCUCCGUCAACUUCGACGGCGACUGCAGCUUCUCCAUCCAAAACUCUUAUCAACUCCGUUACCAUCGCACGAUCUCGGGCCGGAUCUCGAGCAACAAGCUCCGGGAUCUCAGAGGGAUCAGCGUCAAGGUCUUGCUUUUCUGGGUCAGCAUUGUUGAGGUCGACAGGAUCGGGGCUAAUCUCGAGUUCUCUGUUGGGAUCGCUGGAGCUGAUUUCCCCGUGGAUAAUUUCGAUGAGUCCCCGCAGUGCGGGUGCGGGAUGAACUGCGGCAAGGAGGAGACGGCCCGGGUUAGAUUGAGGGGUUCCUUUUGAGGGUCCUGCGACGAGUCGGAUCGAAUCGGGUAAAGUUUACUUCUUCCAGUGUUUACUAUGUUAUUAUAGGAGGGGGAAAAAGGGAAAUAAACAGAAAAAAUUUACUGCUCUGUGCUUUUUUAGUGUGCGAUGCCUGAAUUGAUACAAAAGAGUUUUUUUUUUUAAUUUUUGGGAUCGUUGGAACCGAGUAGGAGGUGCAAACUUUGGUUUGUUGAAGUAUUUUCAGACCAAGAAGUUGUUGCUUGAUUGUUGGGCUAGUUGUAUCUAGAUGAGUAUAUGCUCUUGAUUCCGUCA